UAUGCCUUCUAGAAGGGCUCAAGUUGGCCAUGGCCUGGCCAAAGUCCUGGGCAUCAAACUCGACUACCGUCAGGAGAUGCAGGCUGAGAAGAUCACCAGAGGAGAGUCUGUCUUCUCUGUGUCCAGUGCCGACACCUUCGUCGAAGCCGAGCCCACAGUGUGGGAGUGGUUCAGAGAUGUCACUCCAAGCGGUUCGACCAUGUUGAACUACGGUCGCAACCUCUUCCCCUUCACACGCUGGAUCGGUCGUUACAAUCUACAGUGGCUCUCCGGUGACCUGGUUGCCGGUAUCACCAUCGGUGCUGUUGUCGUUCCUCAAGGUAUGGCUUAUGCCAAACUUGCCGAGCUCCCUGUAGAGUACGGCCUGUACUCGUCUUUCAUGGGUGUAUUGAUUUACUGGUUCUUUGCUACCUCCAAGGACAUUACCAUCGGCCCUGUCGCCGUCAUGUCUACUAUCGUUGGAAACGUCGUGCUUGAAGCUGGCAAGCACGGAAAAUAUGAAGGUCAUGUCAUCGCAUCUGCACUCUCGAUCAUUGUCGGUGCCAUCGUCUGUUUCUUGGGCCUUGCCCGCCUCGGUUGGCUUGUCGACUUCAUCUCUCUUACUUCGAUCUCGGCAUUCAUGACCGGAUCUGCCAUCAACAUUUGUGUCGGUCAGAUCCCCACGUUGAUGGGUAUCACCGGUUUCUCGACUCGUGAUUCGACAUAUCUUGUUGUUAUCCAUAUCCUUGAGCAUCUCGGAAGAACAAAACUGGACGCCGCGAUCGGUCUCACCGCUCUCUUCUUCCUCUACAUCUUGAGAUUUGGAUUCCAGUACCUUGGAAACAAGUUUCCCAAGCACCGCAGGAUAUUGUUCUUCUGCUCGACUCUGCGCACCGUCUUCAUCAUUCUGCUAUACACUCUCAUCAGUUGGUUGGUCAACCGCAACAUUCCUCACAUCCACAAGAAGAACAGUUUGUCGAAGUUCAAGCUUCUAGGCACCGUACCCCGUGGCUUCAAGCAUGCUGCUGUGCCCGUUGUCACCACGGAUAUCAUCAAGACUUUUGCCAGCCAGCUUCCUGUUUCGGUCAUCGUCUUGCUUAUCGAGCACAUUUCUAUCGCCAAGUCGUUUGGCAGAGUCAACAACUACACCAUCGAUCCUUCUCAAGAGCUUGUUGCCAUUGGUGUCUCAAACCUUCUGGGACCUUUCCUCGGCGCUUACCCUGUGACCGGUUCCUUCUCGCGUACCGCCAUCAAAUCCAAGGCUGGUGUCCGCACACCCUUUGCUGGUGUCAUUACCGCCGUCAUCGUCCUAUUGGCCAUAUAUGCCUUGCCCGCAGUCUUCUUCUACAUUCCCAAUGCGGUCCUCUCAGCUGUUAUCAUCCAUGCUGUCGGUGAUCUCGUCACUCCUCCCAACACUGUGUACCAAUUCUGGAGAAUCUCUCCGAUUGAAGUUCUCAUCUUCUUCGCUGGUGUCUUCGUCACCGUCUUCUCGUCGAUUGAAAACGGAAUCUACACCACGAUCUGUGUUUCUAUUGCCCUCCUUCUCUUCCGUGUCGUCAAAGCUCGUGGCCGUUUCCUCGGAAAAGUCCAAGUCCAUUCUGUCAUUGGAGACCAUCUUCUUGAGGAUAAAGACAAGCCUGAAGGCAACCACUACGAUCACCAAAAGGCCGACCGCAACAUCUUCCUGCCCAUUGAGCACGAUGAUGGUUCCAACCCGAUGAUCGAGACUGACUCUCCUUACCCUGGAGUCUUCAUUUACAGAUUCUCCGAAGGAUACAACUACCCUAAUGCCAACCACUACCUGGACUACAUGGUGGCUUCGAUCACCAGGCAAACCCGCCGCAAUGAUCCCAACCCAUAUGCCAGACCAGGUGACCGUCCUUGGAAUGACCCUGGCCCGCGUCGUGGUAAGGCUGCCGUAGUCGACAGUCAUCUGCCAACGCUCAAGGCUGUUAUUCUGGAUUUCUCUUCUGUCAACAACGUCGAUGUCACUUCUGUACAACACCUUAUCGACGUCCGCAACCAGCUUGAUCGUUACACCACCCCGGAGAAGGUGCAAUGGCACUUUGCCCAUAUCAACAACCGUUGGACUCGAAGAGCACUUGCAUCUGCUGGAUUCGGCUACCCCACUGAAGAGGGUGAAGAAUUCCAGCGCUGGAAGCCUAUCUUCAGUGUCGCUGAACUCGGCGGUUCAUCGAGUGCUGCUGCUGAUGCUGAAUACGCCAUGAACCACCCCGAGCACAAGAGGCAUCGCGAUCUUGAGCUUGGCCAAUCGCAAAGCAGAGAAAUCACUGGCGAGAGCAGUGAAGCUUCUAGCGAUAUCGACCAAGCCAUUCAGAACAGCAAGGCCUACGGCUCGCAGGUCAACCAGAAGAAGAUCGUUGUGCAUGGCCUCAACAGACCUUUCUUCCAUAUUGAUCUAACAAGUGCUCUGCAGAGCGCGAUUGCCAACAUCUCGAACCCUGCGGCUACUGCCGAUGUUGUUCAGGACAAGCAACAC